AGGGCGUCGACGUAAACCGCGUCGCCCAUUUGGCUCCUCAAGCCGUUUCUCAUGUUGCUCGUGCCAGCCAGACCCCGGCCGGCCUCGGCCCAGCGGCUCUGACCGACGUCUCGUCGCGAAGCGUCGCGUCGAGCGACAGCGUCUCGAUGCUCGUCGGUACCGGCCCGUCGUUGCCGACCUUUCGACGUCCGUCGGCGUCGGGCGCCAGCCGAACCAGUUGGUUCCCGGGCCCCGUGACUGGCCAGUCGGGCGCCAGCUUCCGGCCCGUACAGACGCGCUCGCUGCGCAUGCUGGAGCAGCAAUUGCAGAUGGGACGACCGCUCCCGACUUCGAGUCUGGGUCCGAGUCUGGGACCGGGACCGGGACCGGGACUGGCCAAUCGGCAGCCUCCGUCCGCUGGACUCCGCAGCCCGUGUGCCGCGGUCAGCAGCUUCCAGACCGUCUACGGACAAUCGUCGGGCCGGCGCACCGAGCGCCAGAGUCCCGGCCUUCACCUCGGCCCGGCCGAGUCCCGCAAAUGCGCCGCCGCUCCGACCGUCCAUUCGGCGCUCUCGCCGGUCCCCUCCGCCUACUCCGGCCGGGGCACCCGCGGCUCCGCCCAACUCUACCACCAGCCCGGCCGCCGCUUCGUCGUCGGCCUCCGACACGAGCUCGGCUCCUCGACCGACUCGAGCCCCAGUCGCUCUCUCACGCACGCUUUCCACCAACAGCCUCGCGCCGUCAACACCCUUCCGGCGGCUGCCCAACGCGCAGGUAGACAGACGGGUCCUGCCUCACCCCGGCCUCGUACCUCCCCAUUCGGGAGACUCAUUUCGUUGCACUUUCUAUUUUCUAACAACAACAACAACAACAACAACAACUUAUUUUUCCUUUAUAGGUUAGCUUUUUGGAACUAUCAGUGGAGCAUCAAUAUGAGAUGUUCCCAUCCUAUCCUGUGA